CUGCGCCUCCCCCGGCCCAGCCCCGCCCCGCCCCGUCCCUCCUCUUUCCUCGGAGGAAACUUUCCGCCGGCUGGUCCAUCGGCCCGUGUCCGGCCCGCGCUGCCGCGGCCUGGGAGCCGAGCCGGGCGGGCGGGGCGGGCGGGACCGGACGGGGCGGGAGCGGCCCGGCCCCGGGUGUAUGCGGCCGCCGGACGCGCUGGGCGGGCAGCUGGGAAUCCGGGCGCUGACGAGCAGCAUGGAUGCCCCCCGAAGGGACAUGGAGCUGCUCAGCAACAGCCUGGCGGCCUACGCACACAUCCGCGCUAACCCCGAGAGCUUUGGCCUCUACUUCGUGCUGGGCGUCUGCUUUGGCCUGCUGCUAACCCUGUGCCUACUAGUCAUCAGCAUCUCCUGCGCGCCCCGCCCGCGGCCCCGGGGCCCCGCUCUGCGCCCGGACCCCCGCAGCAGCACGCUGGAGCCCGAGGACGACGACGAGGACGAGGAGGACACGGUGACGCGGCUGGGCCCCGACGACACACUGCCCGGCCCGGAGCUGUCCGCAGAGCCCGACGGGCCCCUCAGCGUCAACGUCUUCACGUCGGCGGAGGAGCUGGAGCGGGCGCAGCGCCUGGAGGAGCGGGAACGGAUCCUGCGGGAGAUCUGGCGCACCGGGCAGCCGGACCUGCUAGGCACCGGCACGCUGGGGCCCAGCCCCACGGCCACGGGCACCCUGGGCCGCAUGCACUAUUACUGACCAGCCCCUGCUCCUGCUGCAAGGCGCUCUGGGUACUGGACGUGCACACGAGCUCAGAGCUGCCCCAGGACCUUCGGACUGCCCCUGCCCAAGGUGCUACGGAGGCCCCGCCCCCAAGGCUCCCCCGGUGCUAUAGGGCAUGGGUCCCCACCCUCUGGGAGGCACCCUUCCCCAGUCCUGCCAGAAAGCCCUGGGGGGAGGGCAGGAAGCAGGGUCCCCACCCCCUCUCCGGGGACAAUUGAGAGGUGAAGUGACCAAUGAAAGCUGCAUUCUCAUUGACUCAGCCUCCCUUUGUCACCCCUGCCCCUAAUGGCCCCAGGCUCCUGCCAUGCAGGAGGCCCCAGGGCUGAGACCCCACAAGACUCCUUUACCAGGCUGACCACCUCCAUCCACCCACCCGACGCCUCAGCACACACGCUCGCGUUCCCUUCACAGAUGGCAAAAACACGCCUGCACCCCGACUCCACCACCUCACCGCAGCCUCACACACACAAACAUCACUCGCAUUCCUCACUCGCGAAUGCGUCCCUUACCGGCAAACGCCUGGGCACACGUCGCGCCCGUCCCUACAAAUGCUCUUGGGUUCACUCAUCAUUGCAAUGACUCCCCACCCCCACCCCAGCCCCCAAGGCCUCGGGACCCAGACCUUGACGCGAAGGCGCUGUUGGCCCCAAUGUAACCAAAUAUGCCUGAACUGGGGUGUAGUGUCUGAGCCGAGGUGCGUUCCUGUGAGCCCUUCUGAGCGGACAGUGGAGCCAACUGGGAGGAGAGUAGGCCUGCCCAGCCCCUCCCCUGGCGCACAGCUGGAUUCCGGAAUCCGGGCCGGCGGGCAGAGCCCGACCCCGCCGGGGCCCCUCCUGCCGGC